AUGUGUUCUCUAAGUAUUCAAAAGGAUAUUGUUGAUUCUUGUGCUAAAGAAACAAUCAAAGCCAUCAUUGAAGACCUGGAUGGGGAUUAUUUCGGGAUACUAGUGUAUGAAUCAAAGGAUAUAUCACACAGGGAGCAAAUGACACUAAUUCUGAGAUAUGUUAACAAAGAAGGCGAAGUAGUAGAGCGAUUUGUUGGUAUUGUUCAUGGUAGUGAUACAUCUGCUCGUUUAUUAAAGGUGGCAAUCUACUCUUUUCUUUCAGAUCACUCAUUAAGUCCAUCACAAAUACGUGGGCAAGAUUACGAUGGAGCUAGCAACAUGCAAGGAGAGCUAAAUGGUGAAGUGCAUAGUGGGCGAGGGUUAAAUCAAGAACGUGGACUUCAACGUCCAGGUGACACUCAUUGGGAUUCUCAUUAUAGAUCAUUAGAUAAUCUCAUUGUCCUAUUUCCAUCAAUUAUUCACGUGCUUGAAUUUACUGGACAUGAAUGUCCUAAUUAUACUGACAGACUUGUUGCUAAAAGUCUUGAUGGAUCAAUUGCCAUUGCGAUGGGACUUCUCGCUCUUACAAAGCAAAGAUUACAAAAUAUGAAGGAUAGUGAAUUCAGAUUAUUAACGGAUGAUGUCUCUUCUUUUUGUGAUAAAUAUGAUACAAUGAUUCUGAAGAUGGAGACUUUCCUGGAAAAGCUUAAGAAUCAUUUCGAUGCUGUGAGUACUGACUUAUUUCUCGGUAUGGCUAGUUUGAAUCCAGUUAAUUCAUUCGGUAAUUUUGAUAAGAACAGGAUAAUGAGGUUGGCUGAAUGUAAUACCAAUGAGUUUGAUAGUAACAAGGUUCGGGAUCUCAGUUGUCAGCUUGAUAGUUUUAUAGUUUAUGCUCGUGGUUCUGAUAGGAGGUUCUUUAACUUGAAGGGAAUUAGUGACCUUGCUAAAUUGUUGGUUAAAUCAGAUUUGCAUCAGACUUGGCCACUUGUUUAUUUACUUAUCAAGUUGACUUUCAUUCUUCCUGUUGCUACUCCAUCUGUGGAAUGA